AAAAAUCGAAUCAUGUGAUCAACGAAUAUAGAAUUCUUCGAACGAAAAAAAAAAAAAAUUAUGCUCACGAAUCGUCAAUUAACCAACAUAUUCUUCGGUUUAAUUAUUUAUUCUAGUCUUUCAUUUUUAUUCAUUUAUAAUCGAUCAACAAUGUCGAUUCUUUCGGUUAAUUUUAAAGUUUAUGGCAUAGUUCAAGGAGUAUUUUUCCGAAAAUAUACACUAAAUCAAGCGAAAAUGUUGGAAUUAAAAGGAUGGGUUCGUAAUGAAUACGAUGGAACUGUUGUCGGUAUUAUGCAAGGACAACCGAAUAAAAUUGAAAUGAUGAAAAAAUGGUUAUCCACUGAAGGCAGUCCACACAGUCGUAUUGAUUAUUGUGAAUUUACACAGGAAAAAUGGCUUACAGAACCUGAAUUUCAAACAUUUGAAAUUACUCGAUAAAAAAAAAUUAUUUCAUGAAUUCAUUUUAAUCAUUU